CUGGUGCCACAUGCCUCUGGUAGCGAGCGCCAUUGUGAUUUUCAAGUGUCAUUUGCCUUCGACAGCUCGCUUUAUUACGGUUUAACGAUCUCUCUACUGCAAAUCCUUCAAACUUGGUUACUGGUCAUUGUUAAGGAAGGCUGUUUUGGGAGAUCUGUCCCUCAAUGAACCGCGAACCGUGCAAUUUUGUGGCCAGCUUUGCGAUAAACUGAUUCCGGAGUUGGUUGGGUGUAAGGUGGUUUGAAAGCAACUCUCCAUCAUCAUGAAUACAGCUCGUUUGACCAGGAUGUAACCGGAGUUGAUAAAUCGGAAAGAUCUGCUAGCUGCCUCCAAUGAAUUAUGAGUUCGCAUAGACCGAGGACAACAUCAUUUGCCGAAACCAACAAAAACAACGCGCCAAAUUUCUGCGGCAUGAAAAUCAGCCGGGAUAAAGACGGAAGCAAGAUUACGACAGUCGUUGCAACAACAGGCUCAUUACCCGAUCGUACUCAAGAAAUAAGUUACACGGAUACUAAGGUCAUUGGCAAUGGAUCAUUUGGUGUUGUGUACCAAGCAAGGAUGUGUGAUUCAACGGAGCUUGUAGCCAUUAAAAAGGUCCUACAAGACAAGCGGUUCAAGAACCGAGAGCUACAAAUAAUGAGAAAACUUGAUCAUUGUAAUAUCGUCCGGCUUCGAUGGUUUUUCUAUUCAAGUGGUGACAAGAAAGAGGAGAUCUACCUGAACCUGGUGUUAGAUUUCAUCCCAGAGACAGUCUACAGGGUUGCGCGGCAUUAUAGCAAAGCCAAACAGACCAUACCCAUGCUGUAUAUAAAGUUGUAUAUGUACCAGUUGUUCCGAUCAUUAACAUAUAUACACUGUUUGGGGAUCUGUCAUCGGGACAUUAAGCCACAGAAUCUCCUACUGGAUCCGGAAACUGCAGUACUCAAGCUAUGUGACUUUGGCAGUGCUAAAGUCCUAGUGAAGGGAGAACCCAAUGUGUCCUACAUCUGCUCAAGAUACUAUAGAGCCCCCGAACUAAUAUUUGGCGCCACAGAUUACUCUCCAGAUAUUGAUGUUUGGUCAGCAGGUUGUGUCUUAGCAGAACUCCUCCUUGGACAGCCUAUCUUCCCCGGUGACAGUGGGGUGGAUCAGUUGGUUGAGAUAAUCAAGGUGUUAGGCACGCCUACACGUGAGCAGAUUAAGGAGAUGAAUCCCCAUUAUACAGAGUUCAAGUUCCCUCAAAUCAAACCGCACCCUUGGAAUAAGGUUUUCAGACCCAAGACACCUCCGGAGUCCAUAAACCUGUGCAGUAGAUUAUUAGAGUACACUCCGUCAGGGAGACUAAACGCAAUUGAAUCAUGUGCGCACUGUUUCUUUGACGAGCUCAGGGACCCCAACACGAAAUUGCCAAAUGGAAGAGAUCUGCCACCUCUUUUUAAUUUUACUCCUCAAGAAUUAUCAGUGAAGCCGGCGCUGAACACAAUUUUAAUACCACCUCAUGCACAGCAGCGGGUGUCUAGUGGUAGUGGCACAAGCGGCCAGGGUACACCUAGUAGCAGUAGUACGCCGUCAGUUGUAGACGGUGCUGUGGCGUCCGUCUCUGCUCCAGUCUCUUGAUUCAUGAAUGGAGGGAGACCAAGCAGCAAAAGCUCAAUAUUGUACAGGCGAUCUGUAAAUACUGUCUUUAAUAGGAUACACACUGCAAAAACUCAAGGUUAAAUUUCUCUAUCUUAGAUGAUUUGGGCAUCAGUAUUGUAGGGUCAUUUUUAGCCAUGCAGUCAUAGUACUGUACAUUUUCAUUCAGUUCUGUAUAAAUUAACCCUUCUCUCGCAUACAUACGAUUCCUGUCUUUGCUGGAAAACCAGUAAGGUCUGUUGUAUUUAUGGAUUUUCUCUGAUUGCUGUCAAAAUGAAUUACGUUUGUCAUCAGGACUUUGGACAGGACUAGUAUGAAUGCAUCGAGAGCAAAUGAAAUAAUCGUCUCGGUAGAAGCCGCAUUCUUUUUAGUAUGACUGACUUUUACCCUGUUUCCGAAUUUUAGAAUGGCCAAAGUAGUGGAUGUCAUUUUGUGUGUUAAUUUUGUACUGAAGUUUGUCAGUGUAAACAUGAAUUCAUAUGUAAUAUCUGGGUGCUGGAAAUAUAAACCAAAAUUGUAUUUAAUUUAUAUCUCCUCUCCACCCAAUAUUUAAGCCUUGUAAUAUAAUAUAAUUUUAGUUUCCAAAUACUUCGGGAUGCUUGUUGGGGAUUAGUAAGUCUUUUGAACGGAUAGUCCAUGUGUAAUAUUUGUAAUGUGUUGUUUUUAUUCUAGUCAGUCUUUUAGGUAAAGAUUUGAGAUUAUUCUGUUAUACAUCAAUUUGUGACUAUAUAAAAUACACAGUGGUCUCUGCA